AUAUAUAUAUGUAACAAAAAAUCUACUACAUCGAAGGCGAAAUCCAUUCAAAGUCACGAAAAUUCUGUUACGCUCAUCAAAUGGUCGCUCGGAUUGAAUCUAACAAAAAAGCGUAGCCGAAAUACGAAUGCAAAUUAGAUGCAAAAUAAAUGGGUAAAAUGAGGUCAAGUAAAUACGAUGUUACCACAGUUUACGGUCUAUGCCAAGAUUAUUUACCUCCUGAUGGUGGUGAUUUCAGGUGCAUUAUGUACAGUAGAAGAUUACGUAAUAAUGUCACAGUGUGCACACAACAAAGCCAUACACCUAGCUGCGGAAGGAACAGUCUCAGUGACAGACAUUUCACAGAUUCAAAAUAUAACGAUAGUCGGCCUCACGGACUAUGUGAACAACGAAUUCAAAAUAGCACUGUUCGCAAAAGAAACGCAAAGAUAUUUGUGUUUCAACGACAACUGGAGAUUAGUUGGCAUGAAGGAACUGCGCGAUACCUGCUACUUCAACGAGACCAUCGUGCACGGUUAUUUCGUGUUCCGUUCGGUAGUCGAUCUACAGCGCCGUGUCGGCUUCACACACCGAGGUAAGCCCGUGGGGCCGAAGAAGAGCGUCAACGAUGCCUGCUACAUGUUCAAUAAGAUCGAUGCCGAGCAGUUUUUCCAUCAGCACACGUUACCAAAAUGGCGCGAGACGGCAGCAACGAUGGCCAACGGCAGCAGCGGCAGUCACAGCGGCAACUAUCGCAAAGUCUCGCGCAACAAAAACAAUCGCCACAAAUCGAAUAACCAAAAUCAAAAGUUGCAGCAACAGCAACAUGCGCAUCAUGGCCAUAAUAGUAGUAAUAGUCUAAGUAGCACUAACAAAACACAACAACAACAAUUAGCAUUAGUAAGUAAACAGCAACAACAACAGAUGCAGCAGCAACAACGUGAACAGCAUCAGGUGCGACAUCAUCACAAUGAUCCCUCAGUGCUGGCGCGUCGAAAACAGCGACGCAAACAGCAGCAGCAGCAGCAGCAGCGGCAGGAGCAACAACAGCAACAACGAGUCACAGCUAGUCCAACGAAACUAACGACUGCCAAAAGUGCAAAAUCGACCACAUCAACAGCAGCAACAACAACAGAAGCAACAGCCAAAACGACGAAAAUAUCACUUGCCAGCAAGCGCAAGGGCAGACGAAGAAAGGCACGAAAGCAAAAGCAGCAACAGCAACAGCAACUGCAACAGCAAGAGCUGCAACAAUUGCAGCUACUCUCUACCGCAGCAACACUUGAUAGCAGCAUUGACGAUAUGCUUUCCAGCAGCAGCAGCAGCAGCUUUUCCACAGGCUAUGACGAUGCCUACAGCAGCAGCAGCAGCAGUGAGCCUUGGACUACUUGGUAUGCCACGCCCACAGCUACAAUUGAUAGCUUUACACCAGAUGUGGGCAGAAGCAGCACCACCACAAGCGCCAGCAACAUGUUGCUGACAACAACAGCAGAAGAUAGUAUUAAACCAUAUAGCAGGAUCUACGAUGACGGGUCGACAUUCAUCACAGAGCUGGAAAAUGAAGCAUCAGGAGCAACAACAGUAUCUGCAGCAACAUCAAGCAGCGGCAACGAUACCGACCUGCUGCAGUACGAGGCGGAGGUGGUUGAAGAUGACGAAAUUGAACAACAUACCACGGCUAACUAUGAAACCAAAGCAACAGCAACAGCAACAACAAGAGCAACAUCCGCAGGAACAACAACUGCAACAACUAUACCAACAACUAGCAGCCGAGUGGCUAAAACUACCUCGACAACAACAGCAGCAGCAACAACAAUAACAACAACAACAACAGCAGCAACAUCAGCAGUAACUGGCGCACAAUUGGUGCUGGAGCAAACGCCGCUGGCAGCAACACUAGCUACACUUAUGUACAACAAAUGGCAUACAACGCAGCAGCAUGUGGUAGACGCUGUUCCGGCCAACACGACAGCAACAGCAGCAUCAGAAGUAACAACAGCAACAACAUCAACCACAAGCGGAACAACAGCAGCGGCAACAAGGUCUGGUUUGGCGAUGAGCACACAUAAGCUCAGCAGGCAUCGCGGUAUCGGCAGCAGCGCGAGCCCCAGCGAGCAGCAGCAACAGUUGCUGCGGGACAGCAACGGUAAGCAGCAACAGCAACUGCAACUGCACAAACUGUUGCGACCGGCAACAAUCGUGACCACGUCCAGCACGCAAUUGCUAACACCACUCGCAACAGCAGCUGCUGCAGCACCGAAAACUGUAACAGCAGCGGCAGCAGCAGCUGCAGCAACCGUUGUUGUUGUUGCCACCCCACAGCAACAUAUAACAGACAAACUGUUUAGUGUUUACAAAAACAUCAACAGUAGUCCAAAUAACACGCUAACCGAAACAGCACCCACGCCAAUAGCAACUGCAGAAGCAAGAGCAAGAGCGACAGCAACAAUUGCUACGACAGCAACAACAAUAACCACGAAAAAAUCGCUCCGCAAAUCGACACAAAAACUGCUGGCCACGCCCUACCAUCAGCUAACCUAUGUGCGCAACGAGGCGGGCGACAUUGACAUAGAUAAUCUGGACAAUAUUAGCGUAUAUCCCGAUGUUUUCGAGGAUAUCUUAAACGAUAACGACGACAGCAGCAGCAACAGCACUGCUACAAACAGCAACAGCAACAGUCGGCUGACCUUUGUCAGUGGCUUCCUGGCCACCUCGCCCACGUCCGUGCUGCCCGAGUCCAUACGCAUAGCCAAGAUCAAGAUUAACAACGAGCGACGCCGACUGCAGCAGCGCAGUCACCGGAGACUGCGCAGUUUUUCGUAGUACUUAGCGAGGAGCACAAGCAGCAGCAGCAGUAAAUUGUGGGCUUUAGGGCAAUGUAAAUGGGCUGCACUGAUGGCUGGGGCCUUGACAAUCGGUUGGUAGACGUGACAAGUUGGCUUGAUCAAUUGAUGAAAAUAUAUAUAAACAUAUAUAUAUUGUCAAAUGCAGAGUGUGGACUGUAUAUCAGUAUAUCGCCAUAUUCGUAAACUGUUUUCGACAAGUUUUAAAGGGCAAAGAAUUUAUGAAAGCAA